AUGGCAGAUUCGGACCGUCCAAGGUCGCGUUCGCGAUCACCCUCGCGAAAACCAAAAAUCAACACAGGCGGAUUCAAAUGGAAGUCCAAGCCCAGCACCGGCAAUGACGAUAACCAAGACCGCGCCGGUCUGCAGCGUGGCUACAGGGAUCGUUCACCCAGGAGGAACAACCGUGAUCGAGACGAUGAUCGCAACAGAGACAGAGACAGAGACUCAGGUCGGGACCGCGACCGCGACCGUUCACCACGCAGGAGAGAUGAUCGCGACCGUGAUAGGGACAACCGCGGAGGAGGAGGAGAUCGCUACAGAGGCGAUAGCUACAGAGGAGGCGACCGAGAUCGCGACAGAGACAACAGGGACAGGAGAGACCGAUCCCGCUCACCGCGAAGAAGAGAUGACCACGACCGUUCCCCACGACGCAACAACCGAUCCCCUCGUCGUGACCGCUCCGACAAGCCCGACAGGCCCAAGAGAGACAAAAAAGAAGACAAACCUCCUGCCCCAGCUGCCCCAUCGGGAGGAGGAGGCGAAGAAAUGAUCAUAGUAACCGUCAACGACCGACUCGGAACCAAGGCGCAGAUCCCCGCCUUCCCCUCGGACACCAUCAAGCAGUUCAAGGUCAUGGUGGCGAUGCGGGUCGGGCGCGAGCCGCACGAGAUUCUGCUGAAGAGGCAGGGCGAGAGACCUUUCAAGGAUCAGUUGAGCUUGGCGGACUAUGGAGUUAGUAGUGGGGUGCAGAUUGAUUUGGAGGUUGAUACUGGUGAUUGA